UACUCUAGCCCUCAAAGGGGCUCGCACCAGGUGGCGCCGCAGCUUCCCCCCGUGAAGCUACGCCUGCUUGGUGCGCUGGCCCUGGCGUGCAGAGCCGGGAGCCAGCCCCGAGCGCGCUGCGUGCGCUAGCGGGACCAGCCCGCGGUGGGUGCGCAGGGGCUCGGCGGCGGCGGGACGAGUUUGAAAUUCGCUCCCUCGCGCGGGGCCGCCUGGCUCCGGCCGUGCCGCAGCAGAUUGGCCCUCGCCGGCUCAUUUGCAUUGACGCCAAUAAAGGCUGGAGGUCAGCGCUCGCGGGUGCUUGUAUUGGCUCCGCCGCGCCGCCGCCGCUGUCAAACACCGGGGCAGAAUUGCAAGGGGAAGCCUGGCAAGCGGGCAGCUUUGGAGGGCGGGGAAGAGGGGGAUUGCUGCUGCUGCGAAGCAUCAAUAAGAACAGCAUCCCCAGGCACGGAGCAAGGAAAGGAGACGCCGAGGAGAGGCAUUCCUCCUGCCCAGCCUCAGCUGCAGGGAGAGCAAAUGCCUGGGAAUUAAACCUCUCGCCAUUUUAAUGCAUACCAUGGAGAUGGGACUCUAGGAUAAUUUUUUUUUUAUGUGUGUGUGCAACGUUUUGCAUCUUUUCUGUGACCACAAAACAUGGAGGAGGCCCUUUGAUGCCUCCGCCAGCUGAGCCGGCUCCUCCUCUGGGUCUCAGCAGCCCCCCUCCGAGUUAUGCAGUAUUUUUGUUAGGGUGGCUCUUCUUCUUGCCCACCCCCACCUUGCCCGACUCAACCUCUGAGCUUGCUUCCCCCGUGCCUCCCACCCAGCCGCCCCUUGCCAGGCGGCGGCGGCGGCUGCCGCUGGGCUGGUGCAGUGCAGCCGGCAGCUCGGGCUGGCUCGCCCCGCGGCGGGAGCGGUGCCCGCGGCAUGGAAUGUUCUGCUGGAUAGAGCCCCCCUGUUUCCGAAGGGGGGAAUCUUCCUUCCGAAGCCCUUGCCAAGAGGAGGCUAGCCUGUGAAUGUCAAUAGCCAGCCUGCGCGGCGGCGGCGGCGGCUGCUGGGAAGGAGGAGGACGGAGAGGAACAUGAAUCGGACGGGAGCGUGAUCGAGGAACAUACUCUAGCUCCGGAGGGGAGUGUGGUUCCCCCCCCCCCCAACAAAAAAAAAAAAAAAAAAAGAGAAGGAGAGAGGCCAGGCAACUAACAGGGUCGGUUCUUGAUCUUGGUGAGCGGGAUAAAUCGAUACGCAGCGCCCGGUGGGGGCUGUGGGAGACAAGGUGUGUGGGGGGAGAAUUCCUCCCCUCCCCCCGCCUCCCGGCCCCCAAGGUUAAUUUGUAACACUCCGCAAACCCGAGUGGAAAAUAGUCGGUUCUGUGGGCUAGUGCUGAGAGGGAACUGUUCCAAUGUUCAGGGCUCUGAGCGCUUAGUCCAAGGAGACGCUGGUGUGGCUGCCCUCCCCCCCCAUCCACCCCGGUCCCUUUCCCCGGGCUGACGGAAAAUCCUACCGCGAUUUUGAGAUGGCUUCGUCUGAAAGAGAGAACCGGUGAAAGCAUGAACUCGACCAGUUCUUGAACCCCCUCCCCGCCCCGCUGCUGAGCUUGAGCUCCAAGGAGCCCUGUUUCCUGGAGGAGGAAGAGAACACACGGUUCUGGGGGGCGGGGGGUAGAAAGGACCGAUGACAAUGCUCCCGAGCGUGGCAGAGAAGCAGGAAGGAGAUUCAACCUGUUAACAAACAAACAAACAAAAUUAUAAUAAUAAUAAUCAAAGGGAAGAGACCCACUGGAAGGAAAAAAAAUUAGAAAACGUCCCAAAGCGGUCACAAAGCAUGGGCUGUGCUCCAAGCAUCCACAUCUCUGACAGCAGGGUGGUUUAUCACAGUAGUAAAGAGUCCGAGGAGUCCAAUUCCCCUCACCAGACCAACACAACCAUGUCUCAGCAACAGCAAGGCAACUCCGUCCCGGGAUUAUUCAUUAAAUCCUCCAACACAUCCACUUAUAAGGUGAGGACUAAUUCCUCCAAGAAAGACAAGAGGGCGAACAGCCAGAGCAUGGAGCCAGACACCCAGACCAGCAGAUCCAGCUUGAAGGCAGCAGUGACAGAUGUGCAGUUUGGCCCUAUGAGACUCCACCAAGAUCAACUUCAGGUACUUUUAGUGUUUGCCAAAGAAGAUAACCAGAGUAACGGGUUCUGUUGGGCCUGUGAGAAGGCUGGGUUUCGGUGUAAUAUUGCCAGGACACCUGAAUCUGCACUGGAAUGUUUUCUGGAUAAACAGCAUGAAAUUAUUAUUAUCGACCAUAGACAUUCCAGAUAUUUUGAUGCAGAAGCUCUAUGCAGGUCUAUCAGAACAACUAAAGCCUCAGAAAAUACAGUCAUAAUUGGUGUAGUACGAAGACAUAGUGAUCGGGAGGAGUCAUCAAUAUUGCCACUGAUUGCAGCAGGCUUCACAAGGAGAUAUGUAGAAAAUUCCAAUAUCAUGGCCUGUUACAAUGAGCUAAUUCAGCUGGAAUUUGGAGAAGUGCGGGCACAAUUUAAACUAAGGGCUUGUAAUUCAAUAUUUACAGCACUCGAAAAAAGUCAAGAAGCCAUUGAGAUCACAAGUGAAGACCAUGUGAUACAGUACGUAAAUCCUGCAUUUGAAACAGCGAUGGGCUAUCAGAUAGGUGAAUUAAUAGGAAAGGAAUUAACUGAAGUGCCUAUAAAUGAAAAAAAAGCUGAUUUCCUAGAUACUAUUAAUUCCUGCAUAAAGAUAGGAAAGGAAUGGCAAGGAAUGUAUUACGCCAAAAAGAAAAAUGGAGAUAGCAUACAACAAAAUGUGAAGAUAAUACCUGUCAUCGGACAGGGAGGAAAGAUUAGACACUAUGUGUCAAUUAGUAGACUGUGCAAUGACAACAAUAAGGCAGAAAGAAUAUGUGAACGUGUUCAGGCUGAAUCUCAGACAGAUAUUCAGACUUGCCGACACAAAGAUAGGAGGAAAGGAUCGCUCGAUGUCAGAUCCACAACCUCAAGAGGAAGUGAUGGCAGUUCACAGAGGCGACACUCCUCAAUGGCCAGGAUACAUUCCAUGACUAUUGAAGCACCCAUCACCAAGGUAAUAAAUAUUAUCAAUGCUGCACAAGAAAGCAGUCCCAUGCCUGUCGCAGAAGCUUUAGAUCGAGUGUUGGAGAUUCUAAGAACCACUGAGUUAUACUCUCCACAACUUGGGACAAAAGAUGAAGAUCCACAUACGAGUGAUCUCGUUGGAGGAUUAAUGACAGAUGGUUUACGAAGAUUAUCAGGGAAUGAAUACAUAUUGUCAGCAAAACAAACUCAUCAGGUUCCUGGCAGUUUGAUCUCCCCUAUCUCCCUUAAUGACAUCCCACCACGGAUAGCACAAGCAAUGGAAAAUGAAGAAUACUGGGACUUUGAUAUCUUUGAACUGGAGGCUGCAACCCAUAAAAGGCCUUUGGUUUAUCUUGGUCUCAAAAUGUUUGCUCGCUUUGGAAUCUGUGAAUUCCUAAACUGUUCAGAAUCAACUCUGAGGUCGUGGUUACAAGUUAUUGAAGCCAACUACCAUUCCUCCAACUCCUAUCAUAAUUCUACUCAUUCUGCAGAUGUCCUGCAUGCCACUGCCUAUUUCUUAUCCAAAGAAAGGGUAAAGCAAACUCUGGAUCCAAUUGAUGAGGUUGCUGCUCUCAUUGCUGCCACUGUCCAUGACGUGGAUCACCCAGGAAGAACAAACUCCUUCCUGUGCAAUGCGGGGAGUGAACUAGCAAUCCUGUACAAUGACACCGCGGUGCUAGAGAGCCAUCAUGCCGCAUUGGCUUUCCAGCUCACCACACGGGAUGAUAAAUGCAAUAUCUUUAAAAACAUGGAGAGGAAUGAAUAUCGAACCCUACGUCAAGCCAUUAUUGACAUGGUCCUAGCAACAGAAAUGACAAAGCACUUUGAGCAUGUCAACAAAUUUGUCAACAGCAUUAAUAAACCCUUGGCAGCACUAGAAGAAAAUGGGAGUAAUAAUGGUGAUGGAGAUUCAGUCAAAAACGUUCUCACGUCUCCUGAAAAUCGCAUACUUAUCAAACGUAUGUUGAUAAAGUGCGCUGACAUUUCCAAUCCAUGCAGACCUCUAGAGCAGUGCAUUGAGUGGGCUGGUCGCAUCUCUGAGGAGUACUUUGCACAGACUGAUGAAGAAAAAAGACAGAGUUUACCUGUGGUGAUGCCUGUUUUUGACAGAAAUACUUGUAGCAUCCCCAAAUCCCAAAUAUCCUUCAUUGAUUACUUCAUCACAGAUAUGUUUGAUGCUUGGGAUGCAUUUGCAGACCUACCAAAUUUGCUGCAGCAUCUGGACAAUAACUUUAAAUACUGGAAAGGUCUAGAUGACAAAAAGCUACGGAGUGUUCGACCACCACCUGAAGAGCAAUUAGACCACAGAGUGUAACUUACCUGUCCAGAUGCAUAUUUACUCAAGCUCACUUUUGUUCAUGUGAUUUCAAAUUAGUUUUGAUCCCUUCAGUAUUACAGUAAGGCUAACCCAUGUGCUUAUGGACCUUUCACAUUCAAGAGAACAUGAGGUCAGCAGCUGACUCCUGCAAACUGCCGUGUAUGGACUCAAAUGAAAUGAACUUAUCAAGCUGAAUUACACUGGAUUGCUGCAGUACCUGUACUGAAGAGGGUCUACUAGUGAACAUAUUUUUGCAUUAUCUUCAUACCAGUACGUGAAGCUUGAAGAUAUCCUCAUGAAAAGGGGUGUCCUAUAGAAGAUUUUGCUUAGUCCUCAAAUCUGCAAGUGAAGAAGUAUCUGUUAAUAGUGACUCACAGCUUUUAUGAGAAAGCUCCAUGCUUUUUAUAAGCACUUAAGAACAGUUACAUAUACCAGUCGGACAUUUAAAAUGCAACUCUUCAUGAAGGAGUUUUUGAUCUAUGAAAAAUAGAUGUACUCUAUUUUUUCACAUCACAGAAGGUGCAAUCAUUCACUUCUGAGCACUACUGAAAGUGAGUUCUCUUAAAGAAAUUUAGUAGCAAAUGUAAAAAAUAACACAAGAAUUUUUGAAGUUGAUCGUUAGCAUCUAUUAUUAAAAUAUGUUUUAUUUAUUUUGUUAGAUGUUCAAUAUUUUCUAUGAAUUUAUAAAUACUUAAAAGCCAAAGCCAACUUUAGAUGCAUUACAAAUUUACAUGAUUCAUACUCAUCAAUAUACAUUUAAUUGAUGUACAGACCUUUUAUUUUCAUAAUUCAAAUACAAAAUACUAUACAAUGACACAUUUUUAUUGCACUGUAAGGAUAGAUGUGUAUGUUUAAAUAUUGUCUGAUUUUAUGUUAAUUAAAAUAAGUUUUAUUAAAAGGUCUCACUGGAGAGUAGUAAAAUAAACAAGAAAUGCAUACUGUAUAAGCACCAGAACUCCAGCAGUUCUCUCUCACUCCCUACUAGUGACCACAAGAUCUUCCCAAAGUUGCUAUUCUUGGUAAAAUAAUAAUAAUAAUAAUAAUAAUAAUAAGUUGGGAUGUUAAUUUUUUUUCUUCCCUGUAAUUUUCUAAUUAAAAUCCCUAUCAAAAGUCUGCCUUAUUUUAUACAGUAUUUCUACAAAGCAUUCCACAGCAUAGAUGAGGGGGGUAAAACUAAAUAUUUAAUGAAUUUAAACCUUUUAUAGCCAAUAUAUUUUCCUCUGCGGUGAAAAAAAAACCCAAAACUUUAACUCCAGAAGUUUGUAAAGGUUGUAUACCUUCACCAUUUGAAUGAAACAUUCACAGCAAACACCAGAAAAUAAUAAAAUGUAUAUUUUAAGAA